AUCCCUUCCGUUUCUCUCAUUAUCGGCAUUCAUAUCUCACACACCACAGCAUAAAGAAACCACAUCCCCUCGUUUUGUGUGAGCUUCAACCCGCACUUACACAGGCUUCGUCUAUCCUCCGUCGCCUCCAACCCUUCACACCUUGGCCAUCUUCACGCCCGCGAUAAAACUCAUCUAGAAGCGCAUCAAACAUGAAGACAUCCGCUACCCUCAUCCUCGCCGCUUCGGCGCUGGCCUCAGCCCAAGUCACAUACAACGCAACAACAGGCCAAUACAUCUGCUCCCGUCCCAACUCCGCCUUCUGCGCAGGCGACUCCUUUGGCACAGACAUCAUCAUCCGCUGCGACGCAAACGGCCGCGGCCAACCGGGCCGCUGCACGAACAACCUCGCCGGCCAAUUUCCCUUGGGCGUCAACCCGUCCCUGUGCUGGAUGUCCCAGCCCUACUCGGGCGACGCCGCCUGCGAGAAGAACUGCGUCGUCUACGCCUCACCCAGCCCCUUUCAGCUCCCGCCCAGCGUCUGCACCCCGUACGCUUCCGGCACGGGCACGGGGACCGGGUACGUCCCGAGACCUACGUACCCGAUCGGCCCGCCGCCUCGGUCGUCUGGUAACGGUACGAUGACGAGUACUGCUGGUCCGUCUAGACCUACUGGAACCGGCGGUGGCGGCGGUACUGGUGGCGGACCUGCUCCUUCUGGGAACGGUACCGCUCCCACGAGCCGUGGUGGUGGUGGCGGCGGCGGCGGCAACGGUGGUGGUGGUGGUGGUGGUGGUAGCUCCGGUCGUCCUACUACCGCCACGUCCAGCAGCAUUCCGUCCGGCACGCGCACACCCAUCCCGCCCUCGGGUACAAUCACCAACCCGACCUCCGUGCCCACCGCCGCGGCAGUCCAUAACUCUGUCGGCUCUCUCGUCGUUGCUGGCAUCGUCGCUGCCUACUUCAUCUAGACAUGUUUUUGUUUUUCCUACUCGACGCGGUCUCAGGUAUUACCCCCCCUCUCCAGGCGAGAGACAUGGAGGUGUCCAACAACACGAUCAUUCCUUAGCAAUUUCAUACAUACCCACAUCACUAGGCCCGUGAAAGAAGAAUAGGCCCGA